AAGGAGAUGGAAGACAGUUUUAUGUUAAAGAGCAGUUUUGACAGCAUAUCAGAGAAAGACAGCACAUCACAAAUUCACUACUCACAUAAAUCAGUAAUUCACAGAGAGGAAAAAAUCCAAUAUACAGUGUAUAAGUGGUCAAGCUAUUCAUACAACUACUUACCUGAGUAAGUUGAGACUGUUGUAUUGGAAAUCCUGUCAACAUAUUUAAGUUCACUUUUUUUUUUUUAAUGCUCACACUGUCUAUCUUUAAGUUUACGGACAAAUAUUCUCCAGUGUUCACUACAUGCACACCAAUUAUUCCUUUACAUCCUAUUGUCUAUUCAGUUCUCAAAGUUCCCUUACGAAUCUCCUAUGUUCACUGACUGGCCCCCUCUGAUAAUACUGUUCAUAAUUAUCCUUGUUAAUUUUUGCUCUCAUGUCAUCCAAUUCAACAACCACACAUCUGGAUAAAUUUCAGCUCACAACUCCAUGAAGCAAUUGCAUCAAUCACACAGAACAGUGAUUCUCAUUCCUUGACAUAAUUUAAUGUUGUAAUUAAUAAAAAUUUAAGUGCCUGUUCCAAUGUCCUAGCUCAUUUAUAACUUGUACGAAUAUAUACAAAUUUCACACUCAAAAACUUUGGCUGGCAGAUGCAUAAAUAUUAGUAAAUUUAAUAAUGCAAAUGUGGAAAAUAUAAAAUUAAACUCUGAUUUUGAAAUCUUAAUACUAAGUGGAAAUUCAAAUUAAACCUUUUAUUAAUGAAAUAAUAAAAUGUAUUUAAUUACCACCGCUUUAAUACAACACACGAAGCAGUUUAAAAAAUUUCAUUGAUUAAGCCGUCAUCAAAAUAUAAAAUAUUUCUAUAAAGGUCAAUAACACCAUCUUUUUUAAGUCUGUAACUGGUAACUGGUUUAACAAUUAAUAUAUUAACAUUGCUAAUCUAGCUUUACUGUCUCUGUUUUUUUUUUUAUACAUUAAAAUUAAUAUUGUCUCCAUACAGUGAUAAUUUAUUUUGAACUUUUCUUUCAGAAAUAUUUAUUUUGAUCGUCCUAGUGAUCAGUUAUCCAGAUGGUCAUCUGAUUCAAACAACCCUCCUCAGGUAUUUGUUUCCCCAACUUAUUUUCUCAGAACUUAAAUAUGUUAACUUGUUUUGAUGACUUUUUCAAUUAUUAUUAAAGUGUUUUGCUUUUAUAACAAUUAAUGAUAGCUGAUAUUAAUACUUCUAUUCUUUUAUAAGUCAACAAAUUUAUAAAUUAUUACAUUUAUUUAUAUAUAUUGAUAAAUAAAUUUAAUCAGUUCAAUGGAAAAAAAUAUAGUCUGAUGAAAUUAGAUACAUUAGCUAAAUUUCUUUUGAUAUAACAAUUUAAAGUAAAGUUUUUUUUCAUUUUAUUUUAAUCUAUGAAAAGCUCAGCCAGUUUAGAAGCAAGGAUUUUAUUUUAUAGUUGCACAUCCUUAUAUAUUUUCCUCAGUUUUUGAUACUCAAGUUAGAGAAACCAGCAGUUGUUGAGUAUAUACUUUUUGGCAAAUAUGAAAAAACUCACGUCUGUAACCUCAGAAAGUUCAAAGUUUAUGGUGGUCUCACUGAAGAUCAUGUGAUUGAGUUGCUAGAUGGGUUAGUAUUUUUUUAAAAAUUGUGAAAAAUAUAUUUAAUUUAUAGUGAGAGUGAUUGUGUUUAUUAUUUUAAUUUUGUUUACAAAUCUAUUUUACCACCUGAUGGAACAUUUAAUAAUAAAUAGGUUUAAAUAUAUAUAUUCAUUGAAGAUUAUAAUUUUCUAAAUGCACAUUUUUACAGUGGCUUGAAGAAUGAUCAUAUCAGUGAAACGUUCCCCCUUCGUCAUGAAAUUGAAGGAAACCCAUUCCCAUGUAGAUACAUUAAAAUAGGUGAAGAUUUUUUUUUAAAUUCUUGGGAUUCAAUGUUUUGGUCUACCAUUCAAAUUGAAUGCUAAGUCACUUGAUCUCAUCAAGGUUAUCUAUAAUUUGAAAAUAGAACUGAGUCUAGUAACAUUUUCCUUAGUGUUAGUUUAAAAGUCAAUAUCACUUGAACAAUUAUGGCAACUGCUUAACACACCUCAGUUGUUUUUUUAAUGAAUAGUAUAAUUUGUAUUUUUCAAGAUUAUUUUACACAAAGAUAUAUUUUUUAUUUAAAGCUUACUGAGUUGACAAAUUUCUCAUUUUUUCUUAAAAUCUCAAGUACCUCUUCAAGCUUGGGGGCCAAGUUUUAACUUCAGCAUAUGGUAUGUGGAACUAAUUGGUAACAACAGGUGGGAGGAAGUGAAACACAGCAUGAACUGGUAUAACACUGUAAGUUUCAUAAUUUAAUUUCAAUCCCUCAUUAUUUUUAGCUCUGCUUCUUGGAAAAGUAGUUAUUAUUUUCUUAACUUAUCAGUGUAGUUGGUAAGGAAGUAAUAUGUUUUCGGGUUAACAAAUUAAUUGCAUGAUAUCUUUUAAGAAGAGUAACAGUGUUACAGUUUUAACUUAUGCAUUUUAAACGUUACAUUUUCAACCACUUAUGUGUUUCAGUACAGGGAAAGGGAAGCAAUUCGGUUGUGUCUCAAACACUUCAGGCAACGUUGCUACACAGAAGCAUACGAGGCAUUAAGUAAGAAGACUAACAUUGUCUUGGAACAUCCAAUAUUGACACAGUUGCACACAUUAUUGGUAUGUUUACUUGUUCCUUUAAACUAGAAAAUGUAUUUAUAAUCAGGUAAACUGUUACAUGUUGUGAUGGAACCAUUUUUCUUAACCUCAGAAUUGUAAAAUAUAUAUAUAAGUAAAUAAAUAUAAGUAAAAAAAAAUUACGUAAAACAUUUUUACUGAAGAAAAAAAAAAUGUGCGUUUCCAUUGUAUUUUUAUUAUUAUAUUUAUCUAUUGAAUAACAAUGCAAACACAACACAUUACAACCCCCCCCCCCCUUUACACUCACAAUUUGUAACUAAUACUAUGAUGAAAGUGAGACCAAGAAAGUUUUUAAAAUUAUAUUAAAGGAAUGAAUUGCACUUAAAAAUUUAAUUUUACAGGUAUCCAAAGGGGAUUUCAAAGCAUGUGAAGAUCUAGUCAGCCAAGCCUGUAAUGGUAACUUAACAAUGUUGUAAUGAAUAUGGUUCUUUCAUUACUAGCCUUCAUUAAUUCUUCAUUAUACAAUGCCAUUUAAAUUUAGCUCUUCAUCAUUCAUGGAGUUUUUCUAUUUAUGUUUAAAUAUAAAAUAUUCUUAUCUGUUAACGUUGAGCUUUUUUCAAUGUGAACAAUUUUUAAAUUUAAACUGGGGUUAAUUUUUUUCUUAAAAAUAAAUAGUAAAAAUUAAUGUUUUCAGAGGGAAUGUUUGACCAGUAUAUCAGUCAACAAGAUUACACACCAGACUGGACACCUAUUGAACCAGUCAGCAGUAAAAGUAAUAUAAACUAGUGAAUUUAUGUAUUUAACCACUUCAUUACCCAUGACGUCACUAUCACCCACUUUCAAUUACCAAGGACGUCACAUCGUCUUCAUAACAAAAAUUUAAGAACUUUUCUGAAAUACCAAAGGAUGUCAUGUCGACGUCAAAUUUCAAUGCUAUAUAUUUUCUUAUUCAUUAAUCUAUAGAGAAGUUAAAAAGCGAAUCGGUUAGAGAAUGAAAUAUAUAAAAAAUUUCAUCUUUUAAGUUUUUGUUGCAGAGUCAGCAAAAAUCGAUGCCCAAAACCCUGCUGUAACGAAGUGGUUAAGAUAAAUUACUUAAUAAAUAAAUUUCAAAUUAUCAAUUUUGGUUAGGCCUGCUUACAUUUAUUGCAAUAGACCUUUGAUGUGCAUAAAUUACAAUUAUUGUCCAUUUGGAAAUUAAAUAUGCUAUACAAAUAAGACUAUCAACAAUUUUUUUAAAGAAGCUACUCUAUUUUAGUUCUGACAAUAAAAAAAGAUGGAUUUAUCAAUUUACAACCCCAAAAAAAAACAACCAAACUGAUGGAUUUCUAUUUAAUCCAAGCAAAUUUUCAGAGGAUAAGCUCAUAUUUUUUAAAUCUAAUUUUUCAGAGUACAUCAAAUAUCUAAAAGAUUUGAAUAGAGAUGGGAAUUAUUUCUUUAAAUAAAUUCUGUUCUUUUUUUUAUCUUGAAGAGGACCAAGGUUCAGAAACAAGACCUGGUAUGAGAGGGGGCCAUCAGAUGUGCAUAGAUGUUCUCACAGAGAUUAUUUACAUGUUUGGGGGCUGGGAUGGAAACCAUGAUCUUGCUGAUUUGUGGUCCUAUCACAUACCAUCACACACAUGGACAUGUUUAUCUCAUGACACAGAAAGAGAUGUAUAUUGCUUUUUAUUUAUUAUUACUCUUUCACUGCAUUUCAAUGCUAAUUAAAAAAUUUUCAUAUGUAUAAAUAAUAUAUUUUACCAAACUGAAGCUUCAAAAUCACAAUUUUUAAAAAACAUUCUUUUCUGCCUUCUACAUUAGACUAACCAAAAUGGAAAAUUCACACUUUAUUUCUUUUUAAAAAUAAAAAAGUUGUGAAGUUUAUAAUUUUUAAAAAGUCUCACUUUGUUAAAAUGUUUCACAUGUUCUCUCUAAAUUAACAGGGUGGUCCAUCUGCACGAUCUUGUCAUAAAAUGUGCUUGGAUUAUGAAAGAAAACAGAUUUUUACUCUGGGACGUUACUUAGAUCCAUCAAUGAGAAGUCCAGAAAGAUUAAAAGUUAGUGAAUAUCAUAAUUUAAAAGGACACAAGUUAAGCAUGUUAGAAAAAGGCUUUUUUAAAAAUUAUUUGUAGCGUUAAAUAAUUAAAUUUAAAUAAAUGUAUUCUAUUCCUCCAAACACAUUGGACAACAAUUUCCUUUUUUGCUGGCAUAAUUGUUUUAUCUAUAUGCUGCUGUAGGAGGUGUAGUAUGUGCCCUGCAAGUUACAUACUGCACAGAAAGUGUUUCCAGGCUCUGUGAUCUGCUUUAUCUUAUGAUUCCUUUGUUCCUUACUUUAUCACAGUAACUGAUCACUAUUAUCUUUUUCAUGUCUCACAUGAAUAAUUGGCAGUUGGUAAAACAAAGCUGACUUGCAUUUCCUUUCUUUUUUUUUUACUGAAUACUAGCCAUUUCAUCCAUUUAGAUAUAAGAUGUGACAUUGUAAAAUAAAAGAAUUCUACUUAUUUUCAGUGUGAUUUCCACAUGUACGAUAUAGAAAGUCAACAGUGGACAUUUAUAACAGAAGAUACAGCAGCUAUGGGAGGCCCUCGGCUCAUAUUUGAUCAUCAAAUGGUCAUUGACAUUGAACAUCAGACUAUUUAUGUAUUUGGAGGUAGAGUUCUUGUCAGGUACAUUUUUAAAAUCUAAUCUGGUGACCACAUUAAGUAAAUACAUUUAUUUAUUUAAUAAUUUUGUAAUUCAGCAACCACUUGCAUGAGCUUGAAGGCUACUCAUUCUGGUUAAAAGCAUUUUGAUGUUGGCAAGCAUCAUACACUGGGAACAUGAAUUAAAAGUAUUCCCUAAACCUCUGGUUUAAAUUAAAUAUUUUAUCAUUAAAAUGGAAUUUCAUUCCUACACUAUAGUUAGUUUAGAAAUUGAGAAAGUGCAACUAAUAAUGGCAACACAACGCUUGAGUAAAAACUGUAUGCAAAACUUCAUUCAGGCUGAGUAAAUGUUUAAAUCUUAUGGUUAAUAAGUUAUUGAAGCCUCAGUUUGUAGACAAAAUGUUUAAAUCUUUGUGUUAUUAUAAAAAAAAAGAAGAAAUUACUUUCUUAUUUUUCAUAUUAAAAAUCAGUAAAAUGGGACAGUUACAAUUGCUUUUUAAACUUCAAAAGUAAAUUCAAAAUUAAAAUAUAUUCUCACUUUCUAGUACUUCAGGAAGUAAUGGUGAUGACAGAACACCAGAACCUAUCUUCAGUGGUCUUUAUUCAUUUCAUAUACCUUCCAAUACAUGGACUUUGCUCAAAGAGGAUUGUCCAAUGCUUAAAUCUCGCAUUGGCCAUUCAAUGCUUUUUCAUCCAGUAAGUAAAGAGAUAAUUAGUUGAUUGCAUUGUUCUUUUACCAUGGCAUUAAAAUAAGUAGCUUAUCAAAGAUGUGCUUAAAUUUUCAUUUAAAAGAUUUUCAUCUAUAAUAAAGACACAAUUUUAACAAAAUUAAAUUAAAUCUCUCCUACAGGAUUCCCAUCUACAUUAAUGAUUAAUUAUUAUAUAUGUUUCAAUUAAAAUAAAUAGAUAUUAAAAUUUGUGCUUAAAAGAAUUUUCAUUUUUAUUAAUUAAAUAAUUUAAUUUUUACCCGGUCCAAACAGCUGAAAAAUUUUUCCCAAUGUGCGUGCACCUUAUUACAUGGAAAACUCAUUGUAAAUACUUUUCAUGGGGGAUUUUGAAAGUGAAAAAGAGAAAUCAAAAUUUAAAUUGAGUUGAUGGAAUUAGUAAGUUAAAUCCAUGUAGAGAGGGACUGGUCUGUAUAAUUACUAAAUAGAUUCUACUUUCAUAGCAUAUGGUAUUCAAUACAAUUUUAUUCCUUCAAUCAUUAUAUUUUUUUUUAGGUAAAGCGAGUUUUAUACAUUUUUGCUGGACAAAGAUCAAAGGAAUAUUUGAAUGACUUUCUUUUGUACAAUGUUGACACUAAGGCCAUUCAUGUCAUUUCUGAUGGCAAGAAAAAGGAUGGUUGCCAAGCAGGUAUGUAAAAAAACGUGAUCACGUCACUCCACUACUCCAUUCCCUUCAUUGGCUACCUAUACAGGCACGCAUUGACUACACGUUGUCUGUUCUCUGUCACAACUUUUUCUUAGAUUCCUGCCCUUUAUAUCUAACCGAACUUCUUUCUGUCUAUUCACCCCUUUGACAGCUUCGCUCCUCUGCAGACACGCGUAUUCUGUCCGUUCCCAAGACACACACUAAAACAUAUGGUGAACGAUCUUUCUCUUUCUGCGCCCUUCAAAACUGCACUAAAAACAUAUCUUUUUAAAUUAUACUACCCUGACUGAUUCCCCUCCUCUGACCGAUAAUUGAUCUUGCUGGCUUCCGUCCAUGGUUUGCCUUGUAAAAGUUAUGUGGUGGGGUGGGUGAAUAUACAUUCUGUUCUUUAUUUCAUAAAUGGAUUUUAUUUUAAUGUCAUAAUUAUGUCUCUUUUGAUAAAAUUUGUAUGUACAGCGCGGUGAGCCCAGCCCUAGGCAGGGGUACCGCGCUAUAUAAGACUUUGGGAUUGUAUGCUUGUGGUUAGUUUUUGUAGUGUUGCGUUUGUUUUAAAUGUGGUUAAUUAUAGAUAUGUUUUUUGUUGACUUUGUACCGCGCUUCGAGCCUUUGGGGAUGAAGCGUGUUUUUGAAAUGAACUUUAUUAUUAUUAUUAUUAUGUAUCAAGUGUCAAAUAUUCAUUCACAUCCUUUCUGUAAUUCAAUAUGACAUUUAAUACUUUAAAAAAUAAUCUAUUUAAUUUCUUCUGUUUAGGCUUUACACAGAGGGCAACACUUGAUCCAGAACUUAAUGAAAUACAUGUCUUUUCAGUAAGUGUGGCUAUAUGUUAUUAAUGUAUCAGUAUUACACUUACAAAGAUGAAAAGAAUAAAAACUCAUCAAAUAAAUUAAAGUACCGGUAUUCUAUUGUUAAAACAUAUUUCAUGUGCUUUUUCACAGGGUUUGAGUAAAACAUAUUUAAUGUGCUUUUUCUCAGGGUUUGAGUCGGGAUAAAGAUAAAAGAGACAACGUAAAAAACUCUUUCUGGGUUUAUGAUAUUCACAAGGACAAAUGGUUAGUAUGUGCCUUGUAAGUAACCAAAAAAAGUGUAGGUCUUUGCAUAUGAUUUCAAUAUUUUUGAUACACUAGUACUUAUACUAUGUGAUUUAAUUAAUAACUAGAUUUUACAUUUGCUCUGGGAAAUAAAUAGACCAUUCAACUGCUAAUUUUAAAAGAGACACUUUAAAAUGUCUCAUUUUAUAAGGGGAAAAAAUGGAUUCACGAAGUUCAACAUCUAUGCAAGAUCAAAUUGUAGUUUAUUGUAUUUUAUUUUUGACCUAAUAAAAUUAUAAAUAUUUUUUUUAUUUAUAAUUAUAACAAUUUUUUUUAUUUAGAGUAUUACUUUAUAAAUUAGAACUGUUUUUUGAAUCAACCAAGCCUUAAUUAAAACAUAAGUUCAUUAAUGUUUUUAUAGAAAUCAAUAUGUUUGUACUUGAUAAAAUUUGCUUUAAGUAUCUAUGGAUUUAAUGUAUGUGUCAUUAUCAGUUCUUAGUUUCCUUCCCAGGUCCUGUAUAUACAAGAAUGAAAAUAUUGGUCAACAGUAUUGGAUGAAAAUGCAACAUGUAGAGCCUGUGCCAAGGUUUGCCCAUCAGUUGGUCUAUGAUCAUAUUAGAAAGGUUAGUUUUUUGUAACAUGUCCCAUUUAAUUGGUUGUUCCUUAAAUAAUCAAGUUAUUUACAGUUGAUUGGAAAUUUGUUAAUAAAGUAAUUCAUUUUUUUCCCCAAUAGGAACACUUAUGGAAUGUUUUUAACCCUCAAACAGUGGCAUGCAUCAUUCUGUAGUGAGGAAGCUUUUCAGAGCUUUUUGAGUGCCUUUUAAAUUACAUUAAAUGACAGAAAUAUUGAUACAAGACCCCAAUAAGUAUAUAUUUUUAGAAAGGUAAAUAGAUGGGGAUAAAGUUGGCUAUAUUGCCCACCCCGUGAAAAAAUUUUGCUCAGUGUCCUUGACCUUGAAGUACUCUACGAAAAAUAAAUCAACAAAAUGUCUUGCUUUCUUUCAGGUGCUCAUAACAUCAUUAAUUUUUAUUGAUACAUUUAAAACACAAAUCUAAAUUUUGUAGCCAAUUCAUUUAUCUUUCAUAAAAUGUAUAGUUUGCUAAGGUUUUGAUUACAAUUAAUCCUCUGAAAGCAAUUUUAGUAAUUUUAGGUCAUUUAUUCAAGAAACUGGGACCACAGCUAAAACCAAGUACAAAAUACAAAAUUUCAGGCAAAAUAGUUAUUAUUGACUAGUAAACAUUUAAAAAGAAACUGUGGAACUGAUUUGGGUUGUUUAACUAUAAAAUUUAUUAGUUCUGAUCUAUAAUCUGUAGCUUCUGUGACUAAAAUUCAGCCAGUCCUUGCCCAACCUCCAGGCCUUGCUCGAAGUCUAACAGUAGCCUCAGUAGGCCUACUUUAGUAUCACUAAGACUAGUAUAAGAUUAACGAGAAGAAUCAUCUCAACUGAUUUCGUCAGGGGAAUGUAAUGUUAAAAUCAUCAUUGUAUCACUUAAAUACUCUCCUAAAACGCUUUCAAAAAUAUUUAUAUUAUUUCUUGCACUGAAGGCCCAGCUAUAGCUUCAACCAUGUUGGCUUUUAAAAAAACAGUGACAUAAAACACUGAUUAAAAGUACUUGUUUUUUAAUUAUCAAGAAACAGCUUGGCCCGGAAGAUGAUUUCAUUAUUAAUAAAAGGAAGUGGCUAUAAUUCUGGUUAAAUAUUGGAUUGGAAGUUGCUAUUGGACCGCGUUUUUAAUCGGUCGAUUUUUUUCGGCCACCACAGCAGAGAACGAGAACACACAUCGGCCAACCACAGUUCGAGGGUUAAAAAUAUUUAUUUUUACAUUGCAACUUGCCUUAUAAUUUUUAUAAAACCUGAACAUGCUGUGUUGUUUUUUUUUAAACUCUUAGACCCACUAUUUAUUUGGAGGAAAUCCAGGAAAAGAUUCAUUACCAAGACUAAGAUUAGAUGACUUUUGGUCGUUAAAGGUUAGUUAACCAACUCCUGCCUAACCGACUUUAAGGGGAGGUGUGGGGUGAGAAGUGGGUGAAAAUGUCAAGUUUUGAUAAAACAAUUAUUAUUGUGUAUUUGUUUUCAUUAACCAUUUCUUAAUUAAAUUAUUAUAAUUUUUUUUGACAAAAGUAAGUCAGAAAAUAUAAUAAAUUACCAUUUUCCUGACCCUAUCAAUCAGCACACAAAAAAAAAAAAAUUAAUUCCUGUUAUGUAGUUCUUUUUCCCCUUUUUAAUGAUUUUUUUGGAAUUGCCCAAAUCAAUAAUUUCAAAAAAAUACAGUAACUUUUUGUGACUGUGAUUUAUAAUUAGUUAUUAUAUCAAAAACUCCUGUUACGGUAAUCAAAAUUUCUUAUAUGUUAACUAAUCUAUGUUUUAAAUCUGGUGGCAAUAACUUGAUGUUUGUAAAAGCCUUAGAGUUUUGGAAAACACUAAACAAUUUAUAUUGGCAAAGGUUUUUAGGGGUUACAAAGGAAACCAAUGGUAUUUUUUAUAUUUUUUUAAACCUGUUUUGUACCUCCAUUAUAAUACUAAAGAAAGUGUAGGUAAAAUAAUUUCCCAUAUGAAGCCAAAAAAUUUUUAGAUUUUUUCAACUUCACCUCCCCAUAACCCACUCAUGUCAAACCUACUUAUUCUCAAUUCCAACCUAUUUUUAUAUAAUCUCUCUUAUGUGCCCAACCCAAAACUCCAUUUGAAAAUGUACAUGUGCUUUUGUAAAAAUAAAAAAAAAAUUGGUAGAGCACUGAAGGACGGAGUGGGUUGAAACCAAACUUCUUAACUUGAUUUUUCAUUAAAACAAUCUUAAUUAUAUUUUAAUUAUAAUCUUUUUUACAUUGUCAUUAGUAACUCUGUUCAAAACAAAUGCUUUUAAAUUGCAAGUGAUAAUUAUUUAAAUAUUGAAAGAAAAAAAAUUUAUUUUAGCUAUCUAGGCCUUCUUCUGAAUAUCUCCUUCGACGAUGCCGAUUUUUAAUCCGCAAGUAUCGCUUUUUGGAGAUGAGUACUCAAGCUCCGAGACAGGCAAUGACCUACUUACAAACAGAAUUGGCCAAUAUGGUUGACCACAGUGAUGCUGAGGAGACCAAAGAGGUCAGUUUGCAAAUGAAUGUUAUUACCGUGUUAAAGCUAAAAAGUAAUUUAAUUUUAAUUAAGGAAAAACUUGAAUACUGAGUGAAAAUUGUGAUGUUUUUACUUACUAUUUAUUUAAACUUAAAAAGCUCUGAAAAGGUAACUUUUUAAGAAUAUUUUCGUUUGUCUCACACACGUUUUUUUCUCACCUCACUGUAAUGCCAUAAUAAUUUAAAGUUAAAGUCUUCAUUUUGGUAAUGAGAGUGGAAAAAUAAUGAAAAUUUGUCAUCUAUUAUUACAUUUAUUACAAAUUUACAAUGGAAAACCCACCUAUGUAGUCUGAUAAUUAUGUUCCAUAUUUACUUAUACAUUUCUUUAAUGUUUCUUUAAAUAGUUCCAACUUCUUACCUCGUCUUUGUUUCCCUGCACAAGUCUGGCAGAGGAAACAGACAUGGGAGAUUUUUCUGAGGAAACCAGCUCUCCACACUUUGCCCAACGGACGCAGCUUUUUGAUCUUCUUAUAGAAUUUUUUCCAGAAUCUAUGACGCAACCUAAGAAAAACCUAGUUGAUCUUAUUCCUCUGAGCUAAUAAGGAAUCAUGAUACAUUUGAUGGUUUUACAAUAACUUUGGGUUAACCUGCAGUAUUAGAAUUAGAAGUUUUCAAAAUGACGGAACCACAGAAAGUGAUUGUUUGAAAGAUGUCACGCAACAGUUACAUACACGGCUGUUGAUUUCCUAGUCACUGAUUUUAUAUUUUACAACUAUUUUAUAUUCUAGGACUGUUAUCACUUUUAAAUUCACUGGGUUUAGGUCAGGCUGUUUAAUCUUUAUUCAUUCACACUAAUCAACUUAGAAAACUGAAUAUUUUUCAUUUAUGUGAUUCUGUGUUUAAACAAAAACAGCUAAGGAUAUCAAAUUAUUUUAGAGUUGUAAAUGCAUAAUAUAUUUUAUCAAAUAUGGGUAUACAUGAAAAUUGUUUUUGAAAAAAAUAGGCUAAAAUGAAAUGAUGUUCAUACAUUAAAAUAUUAAAUUUAUUGGGCCAUUCAUGAUGGAUUGAUUUCUCGUUUGGACAAAUACCGGUACCAGCAUAUAGAGGAUGUUGACUAUGAUAAUUAAAAAAAUUUUCCACUUCAGUUUAAGACCGUUGCAUCUUUUCCUAAAUUAAUAAUUUGAUCAGUAGUCUUAAUCUUUCUGCAGCACCGCACCCCUCUUGAAUUAAAAAAAAAAAUGCAAAUAAACCUGAUUUACUGGGUCUUCCCACACUCCCUGACACUGCAUCCCACAUCCAAGGGGAUGCUGGCAAUCCUUGUCAAGAACCCCUGAAAUACAAAACUUGCAUACUUUCUCUUGAUGCAGACAGCUUAAUUCCUCUCACCAGGAUAAUUUAACUAUGGUUAAAUAUUGUGAAUGUAUAUAGAACUUAUUGCUGGGCUCAGUAGUUGAGCAGCUGACUGACAUGUGAUACAAAAUAAUAUUGCUUUCAUGUUAUACAUUAUUAAAUCCAGUUUGCUACACAAAUAGAUAUUUCAAUAUUUUAUUGUCUGCAACCUUGAAUAACUUAACUUGUUGGUAAAACAAUGACAUUUGUUUUAGCAGUUAAUCUAAAAAAAAAUUGUUUUAAUUAGUUUCAGGCUUUCAAAGUUUAAAAAUAUAAAUAUUACUCUUAAAAUAAAAUCUUGCCUUAAUCAUUUUUUUAUAUUUGAAUAAUUAAACCCUUUGCUUCUGAAGAUGUUAAGUUUUAUGAACUUAAAAAAUUCUUCACUUCAGCAAAUGUCAGAAAAGUCAAUUGGGGCUUCAUGUAUUAAGAUUGCAUAUUUGUUUAAAAACCCAGUGAAUUUAUGGCUAAUAAUCUUGAGCAGUAAACAAUGUUUUAGAAAGUACCUCUAUGGUCAGAUUAACUACUUUUUAAAAAAGUGCUGAAAAUUUCCAAAAAUAAUUUAUACCCCCAUAAUUUAUUUGUGUUCAGGUUUCAGUCCAAUUUCAAACAAAUUAUUUUUGAGUUAGCCAACCUCCAUGCUAGCAAACAGAGACAAAGGAUUGUUAAUUCAUCAUGAUUAGUUAUUUUACUAAUUGGGUUGUUAACAUAUACUGAAAAAUCUAAGUGUAAUUUUCACUGAGCUAUCCGAUUGACCCACUUAGAAUUCACAGAAGAGAUUUUGUGCUUUCCAAAAAAUUUUUCCAUCAUGGUGAGAUGCAUAAACUACAGCAAAACAAGAUUUGACUCUGAUACUUAGUGCACCGUACUCUUAUGUGGUGUCAAAGGUGUUAAUAGUUGAUACUGAGUUGAUACUGUGCCAUGUAUUAAUUUAAUCUUUUUUAACUUGACAAUUGCCAACAUAAUAACGGAACUCAGUCAUGCCACUAGAUCUUAUUUAAUCAUGUUGUAUUAAUCAUGUUAUAUUUAAUUUCUAAUUCAACAUCAUCACACGAACCACAGAAUGGUUAUAUUUGUAAUACUAAUUACUAAAUUUUAUUGUGGUUGUUUUUAGAUAGAAUCUGUUUUAGAAAUGUUUUUUUUUAAUAGACUCCUUUACUUUCCAAACUGACUAAUUUAUAAAAGAAAAGGUUGGUCAUUAAUUGUUCUUUAUAUAUACUUCUUUUUUAAAUCUCAUGAACUGAACAUUUUUUAAUUACUGACCGAUGUGUUUAUUCAAGAGUUUAAAAGAAUAACUAUGACUAUGUUCUUUUGUUAUGUAUAUAUGUGGAUUGUUUAUUUACUGUCAUGUGGUUCUGGGCAUGAACUAAUAAAAAUGAACUAAUAAAAAUGUCAUGCAUUAUGCAUACUUUGUGUAAAAUGUCUAUUUUUAUGACAUAGGACAGAGCAUCAUUAACAAUUCUUAAGAAACAGGCAGAAUUCAUCAUCAGGAAUAAGAGUAAAAACAUUAUCUUACGAAUGACCUUUU